UCGGCAAUAAACGGGCCAGAGGAAAAAGGUAGCCAUGGAUGCUGCUACAGCCGUCACAAGGUAGCUUGGAGUAGUGACCCAGAACACGCCAGGUCUCCCCAGUAAGGAUGCCGAGGAUCCAUACAGCAGAUUAUUGAGUGUUCCUCCUCCAAGACAGGUAAUGCAGCCCACCAGAGUGCAUCCCACUAGAUUCAUGCCAGCUUCUCCGGCUAAUUGGGUGCCUACUAUGGCAAACAGUGCCGUUCCACUGUAGUCCAAUACGGACAGAAACGUGGCUGCCAUGCGACUGGUAUACGACACGGGCUGCUCAAUAACCUGAAGGCACAACUCUCGUUCCCACUGUGAUUCCAAUGCUUUUCUGCCGGCCUUUUGGAGUUCUCUUCGUGUAAUGAUACCAUCGCCAUUGGAAUCGAGCUGUUGUCGAAGCAUUCGUUGCUCCGUUUGUGUGAGGCGAACCCCAUGCUUCGAGGAUAAUUCGUCAAUUUCGACACGCUUGGAAGAAGAGGAGGAGGAUGUCUUGGUCCUCCUGAUUGUUGGGCGAAACACAGAGGAGCGCAGGGAGGACGCAUAUGGUCGAAAAAGGAGAGGUAGAGUUAUCAAUCUCGCCUGCAUCAUUGUUGCGAGUUGGAGAGCCUUAUGAUGAGUUAGAAAGGAAGAAGUCUCAUAAAAGGAGGAAGUCCUAACUAGCUAAGGAACAAGGGUAAGCAAAUGAAUGAUUCAAUCGCCGAAGAGCGCCAUUGGCAUUCUCAUUGUCAGGAUCUUGUGCGGUGUGCGGAGCAGACCGGAACAAACUCGCCGACUGGGGGGUAUCCUGAGGUUUUAACCUGAACCUUCAAUUUGAUUCGCCUUGUGAGGUGUUUCUUCCAACAGCUCGGGGGCAGGCUGCUCAACUUGAUCAAUUGCCCAUUUCUGGAUUCAUUCCUCCUUGCACCCUCUGCUUUUUUAGUAAAUCUGGGUUUCCCCGUCGUAACCUUUUCACCCAACCAAAACUCCAAUGCACAUCUGGUGCCACAUUUUCUCUCAACUUCAGGAAGAAGUUUGCCGGAGGCAACAUGUCUGUCUUGUUGGAUCGCUCAACUUCUUGAGGUCUGUCUCUGUUCCAGCUUGCAGAAAUCAUCCGAUUGCUUUUGAUCAUAAAUCGACACUCCGUUGCUACCGAUACGGUAAGGUACCACCAACACCAUGACGACCUCCCAUGGACAAACCAUGAUCAUUGAUCGAUGCCAAAGCUUUCAUCAGAUACCGAGAGUGGCGUCGAACGGAAGCAACAGCGACCGUACCGCUCGUAUGGACAGCGAAGACGGGAGUGACGGAGGAGAAGAACAAAAGCCGAAUUACUAUAAUCAUAGCCCUCUUUCCGUGGCAAGUCGAGAUAGCACGGCCAUUCAUCAGCAGCAUGGUUACGGAUCAAUGCGUUUUCGGAGCAAUAUGGCGUCGCCAGGACAAUCUUCCUUUGUCAACAACCAUUAUCAGAAUGGACAUGUCAUCACACCAGAAGCCAUUCGAUUCCAAGUGGUCGUUUGGGAUGUCGGACCAGUAGAUGUUGCCUUGGGACGUGUCCCCAUGACCUUUCGUGUCACCAUGUUUUGGGAUGAUGUGGAUGAAGAAACAGCGGAUAACGAUAUUUGUGAAAUGUCUUCUUCAGAGGAAGAACAACAUCCAAAGAAGAAAAAGACCGAGUGGGCAAUGGCAGGGAGACGCAAGGCAUAUGAGCGUGUCAUCUGUGAUGAAACCAUUCAAAAAACCAUUGAUGUUCCGCCCAUCUCCUUGCUCAAUGUUGUUACAUUUGACACUGUUGGAGACCCAGAAGUAUGUGUCCUUGAAGAGAAAAAACAGGUAUUCCAGAAACUGAUGGAUCCUAGUAGGCAACAUUCCAAAACAACCCGCCUCAUGAGAUGGACUUGCCUCUACAAGGCAACUCUUAUGCAGCACAAUAUGCGGUUGGAUCGAUUUCCUCACGAUGAACAUAUCUUGACUUUGAAGCUUGGGAUCUUGGUGCACAGGAGACCUGGUUGCCGUUGGGACAUGAAUCAAUAUGGGCUAGAGCUGGCUUCUGAAGAAGAUUCCAUGUACUCCACCCGGAUCCCACAUGGUUUGAUUGUAGACCACGCUAAAGUACCAGACUUCAGAUACAAUGCCAAGGAAGGAUUGGACUUUCAGUUUGUUCCGUUGUCCAUGGGAGGUGGAACAAACUCCAUUUUGGGACAUCAACCCAACAAGGCAAAGGUCCAACAAGACCACUGUCUUGAAGUUAGGCUCAGGGUUGGCAGAGAUUCUGGGUACUACGACCAUAACAUGAUGCCGCUAAUUGGCUUGCUCAAUGUUGUGGCCGUGGUUGUGCCUCUAACCCUGGAAGGAACAGACUUCUUCCAAAGAGGUCUCAUGCUUUUGAACAUUACCUUUGUUCAGAUUGGAAUCCGAAUGAAUGUGGACAAGCAUUUGCCAUCGGUUGGGUAUCAGAUCAAGAUGCAGAGGAUCAUGAACGAAUUUUUCUUUUCCUUACUCUUUCUGGUUUUGGAGAGCAGCGCAGUGUACAUUUUGAUGGACAGGUUCGGAUGGACUGUUGAGUCCACUGAAAUGAUUGACAUGGUGGUUGCAGCCAUUGCAAUGACACAUAUUAUUGUCACUUGGAGCAAGUACUAUUGGGACAAGAUUGGUCUGGAGAGGAGCUUGAACGGCACUGGACCCUCUGUCAACAUGGAUUUGGAAGGUGAGAAAGUGACCAAGAAACGAAAGGAUGGCACCCUUCCUGUGUAUCGAUUGUAGCAAUGAUUGAAUCGUUGUUUUUAGAGUUGAUUGAUCUACCAAGCCACUACCAGUAUCAUCCUCCCGUAUUAUUGCUGAAUGUGUCCCUGUCCCAAGUCCCAUAGUUGAGUUGAUUGCUUGCCUGCAGCGGAUAUUCUUAGAUUUGAUCAAGUCGACCCAUGUUCCCUCCAUCAUCCUAUUUUUAUAAAUAAACACAUGUGGUUUUCUUAUUC